AUGACUACAUCUAAUAAUUUGAAAACUGGAGAUUUGGUGUUGUGUAAAGUUGGUUCUUUUCCGCCAUGGCCUGCCGUUGUCUUCCCCCAAAGAUUACUCCGAAAGGAUGUUAUUAAGAAAAAGCGGAACAACUGUAUUGCAGUUUGUUUCCUCAACGAUCCUACAUACUAUUGGGAGCAGCCACAUAAACUGAAAAGGUUGGAAAAGAAUAUCAUAACGGAAUAUUUAAGCAAGGAGCAUAAGUCUCAAUCACAGGCUGAUCUUGUUGAAGCCUAUAGUCAAGCCGAUCAGUUUGGUGAUCUUCGCUCUUUCGUGGUUGAAAGAUUUAGCUCAGAGGAUAGGAUUGAAGAUCUAGAGAAGGACGAAGAACUAUAUGGGAAGUUGAAAUCUGGAGAAGAUCCGCACAUUACCGAUCCAGAUACCAAUUCGCGGAAAAGGAAAAGCAGUAGCAAAGAUGAUGGAAAAGUUUCAAGCAGUAAAAAGAUAAAGGCAUCGAAGGACAUCACAAGUAUGGCUAAGAGCUCCGAUAAUCAGCUAAUAAUCGAUAAUAGUGUGGACAAGGAGAAAAAGAAGUCUAAUAAGCUCGAUCGAUCACGUAGAGAAGAAAUUUCUCUCUUAUUGAGAAGAAGAAUUCAGAGAAACUUGAUUCAGAGAGACACACCACCGACUGAUGUUGAGCUUCAAGAAUCUCAUAAGCUGUUGAGCAAAAUCAAAGAAAAUUUGGAUGAUCAGCCUCCAUUUUUUGAUCUUGAUACCUUAAGAAAGAGUAAACUUCAUAAGCUUUUAAAAGUUAUAGUUAAUAAUUCGGAUUUGAAAGAGUUUCAUGAUAUUUGUAAAAGCAUUCUUCUUCAUUGGUCUGAUAUAAUUGCAACCUUAAAAGCUGAAAAGUUGAAUCAUCUGAAGCAAGCUUAUCAGAGUGAAACAACUGACCGUGAUGAUCCGUCAUUAAAAGAGGUUCAGUGA